AAUGUCUUCAGUGUUGUAUUUAUGUUCAGAAGCGACAAAAUUAUUUUUAUUUUUCAUUUCUGUUCGGUGAUAAAUUCAUUUAAUUAUUAGAAAUUUUUGCUGGCAAAAAUAUGUUAAUUGAACCAGAAUUGUAAAACAAGUGCACGAGAAUUGAAAUUUUCUAAAAUUGCGGUGAACUAGAAGUGAUUAGAUAGCAAAAUAUCCGCUGUGGAAUAUUCUGUGUGUGGUUAGUGAACGUCUCGUUGUCGUUGUCUUCUUGGUCGGUCCAGACAGGCAGACAAGGUAGACAGAAUUAAGAGGGGGUGCUGACAGACAGAGGAGGGAGAAAAGAGGGAGAGAGAGAUAAAAGAAAAAUACGAAAAAUUAGAAUACCAAGCAAAACAUACCUAAUAAGAGACAGAUACAAGCAAAAACUACGCGGAUGCUAUAAUCUGUAACAUUUGGAAUUUUUUCACUCAGGGGGUAUCAAUAAAAACUUAAACGUGUAAUAACGUCCAAGGACGAUAAUCCAGCUGCCAACUGCUGUGCUAAAAACCAAAACCAAACAACAAAUUAUCCUCACCGCUGUUAACGUGAAAUGUUGCCAUUUACACCACAAGUCGUUAAACGUUUAUUGGCAUUAAAAAAGUGUAACGAAGAUAGCGUUGAAGGCAAGUGGUCCGAAAAGGCUGUUAAAAAUCUAGUUAAAAAGAUCAAAAAGAAUUCCUCGCUAGAAGAGUUAGAACGUGCCAUAUCAACACAAAACCCCAAUACAAGGUGUGUUACCGUACCGCGCAGCAAACCCACUGCCUCGGGUGAAAACCUACGCAAGGGUUUGCCGCAUGUCAUAUAUUGCCGUUUGUGGCGCUGGCCCGAUCUACAGUCACAGAAUGAAUUGAAAGCCCUGGAUCAUUGUGAAUAUGCAUUUCAUUUGCGCAAAGAUGAUAUCUGCAUAAAUCCAUAUCAUUACAAGAAAUUGGAAUUAUCUAUACUGGUGCCGAAAUCAUUGCCAACACCACCGGAUAGCAUUGUGGACUAUCCCCUCGAUAAUCAUACACAUCAAAUACCAAAUAAUACCGAAUAUAAUGCGGCCACCAUACGCAGUGCGUCAUUGAGUCCACCGCAAUAUAUGGAUAUCAGUAGAAAUAAUCCACAACAGCAUAUAUACCAACAGCAAGAUCCACGUUCGCCGAGCAAUUUCUUUACGGGUAAUAUGAGUGGAGCUACGGCUCAACAGCAGCAGCAACAGCAAAUGUCUACAAACAACUUGCCGCCCGGCGCCUGUAAUAUGGACUCGCAGUCGAGUGUUUUAAGUGUGGGCAGUAAUAGUAUGCCAAAUACAGGCACUCCACCGCCUGGCUAUAUGAGUGAAGAUGGUGAUCCGGUUGAUCCGAAUGAUAAUAUGAAUAUGACACGUUUAACUCCUCCGGUUGAGUCGGCACCAGUUAUGUAUCAUGAACCGGCAUUUUGGUGUUCCAUUUCCUAUUACGAAUUGAAUACACGUGUUGGAGAAACAUUUCACGCUUCACAGCCGUCCAUCACGGUCGAUGGCUUUACUGACCCCUCCAAUUCGGAACGUUUCUGUUUGGGUCUGCUGUCCAAUGUCAAUCGCAACGAGGUUGUGGAACAAACUCGUCGACACAUUGGCAAAGGUGUACGCCUGUAUUACAUUGGCGGUGAGGUGUUUGCCGAAUGCCUCAGCGAUUCAUCGAUUUUUGUGCAAUCGCCGAAUUGUAAUCAACGUUACGGCUGGCAUCCCGCCACCGUUUGUAAAAUUCCACCUGGUUGUAAUUUGAAAAUAUUCAAUAAUCAGGAAUUUGCUGCCUUACUGUCGCAGUCCGUGUCGCAGGGUUUCGAGGCAGUGUACCAGUUGACACGCAUGUGCACCAUACGUAUGUCGUUUGUUAAGGGUUGGGGUGCCGAGUAUCGACGUCAAACGGUCACAUCCACACCCUGUUGGAUUGAAUUGCAUUUGAACGGUCCGCUGCAGUGGUUGGAUCGAGUUUUGACACAAAUGGGUUCGCCACGCAUGCCAUGUAGUUCCAUGUCUUAAAAAGUAAGAGGUUUUUUAAGGCAUAUCUUUAAAAAGAAAACCGAAAACGGAAAAUACAAAAACAAAAUAUUGCUCUAGUGUACGAUGAUAGAAUUUAGAGAAAAGAUAAUAUAUAUCUACCUAUAAUAUUUUCUUUCUUAUGUUUCCUUUUAUUUUAACCCCCUCAAAAAAAAAGUAAGCAGCAUGCCCCUGAGAAAAAAAAAAAUAGAAUUGUAGUUUAUCUCUAAUAUGUAUGUAUUAAGUGAUGUUGAUAAUGAUGUAUUUUUAAUCAUAGUUUAUAUGAUUUCUUUUUUUUCUUUUCUUUUGUUUAAACAUAUUUUUUUGCUUGCAUUUGUUCCUUAUUUUAUUUUGAUUUUUAUUAUUUUUUUUUUUUUUUUGAAUAUGAAUUAUGUGACAUUAUAUUUUGCUUUGAAAGGUAUAUCACUAUACAAUUGUUGAGCUCCUAACAUGUUAGUUAUGUUGGUUAGUAGUUUGUGUGUGAAUGUAUAAUUGUAGUACAUAUAUCAAUUUGUUUGUCUAUUACUAAAAUUGUGUAGCAAAAAUAAAUGUAACACGGAAAGUAAGGUGGUGUAAUUUGUCUCAUCCACUUCAUGCCAACUUGCAGUGGAAAUCGUUUAUAACAAAUGUUAAAAAAAAACGUAUGUUUAUUUAUACCCUCCAUCUUGGAAAGAGGGUAUAUUAACUUUGUCAUUCCGUUAAAUAUUCGUCGUAGACCCCAUUAAGUAUAUAUAUUCAUAAUCGGCAUAAAUUUCUAAGUCAAAUCUACGACAUCCGUCUGUCUGUGGGUUGAAAUCAGGAUACAGCCCACAUUUUUUGAUGUAGAGCGUCAAAAUUUAGCAGAACAAUUUGUAUUGUGUCUAGGAUGGAUGGUAUUGAAAAUGAGAUAUAUCGGUCCACGUUUUGGUAUAGUCCCCAUAUAACGAUACUUCCCUAUAUUCGGUAUUUUGAUGGUUUUUGCCACAUUUUUUUUUACCGAUUUGUCUGAAAAUUGGUAUUUGUAGGUCAUAAUGGGUUCUAGCUCCGGUGGUGAAACAUUGUAUGUAUAGGUCCACGCUUUGGGGGGGGGGGCUAUACCCCCCAUAUAACGUUACCUCCUGAUAUUCAAUAUUUUGAUGAUUAUGGCCACAUCUUUUUCAUGGAUUUGUUUCAAAAUUGGUAUUUGUAGCUCAUAAUAGGUUCUAGUUCCGGUGGCGAAACAUUGCAUGUAUAGGUCCACGUUUUGGUAUAGUCCCCAUAUAAUGGUACCUCCCAAUAUUCGGUAAUUUGAUUGUUUUUAGCCACAUUUUUUCACGGAUUUGUGCGAAAAUUGUUAUUUGUAGUUCGCAAUGGGUUCUAGUUCCGGUGGCGAAACAUUGCAUGUAUAGGUCCACGAUUUGGUAUGGCCCCCAUAUAACGUUACCUCCCGAUAAUCCGAAUUUUGAUGAUUAUGGCCACAUUUUUCUUCACGGAUUUGUUUAAAAAUUGGUAUUUGUAGUUGGUAAUGGGUUCUAGUUCCGGUGGCGAAACAUUGCAUGUAUGGGUCCCCGAUUUGGUAUAGUCCCCAUAUAACGUUACCUCCCGAUAUACAGUAUUUGGAUGAUUUUUGCCACAUUUUUUCACGGUUUUGUCUGAAAAUUGGUAUUUGUAUGUCAUAAUGGGUCCUAGUUCGGGUGACAAAACAUUGCAUGCAUAAGUCCACGCUUUGGUGUAGCCCCCAUAUAACGAUACCUCCCGAUAUUCGGUAUUUGGAUGAUUUUUGCCCCCUUUUAUUUAGGGAUUUGUCUAAAAAUUGGUAUUUGUAGGUCAUAAUGGGUCCUAGUUCGUGUGGCGAAACAUUGCAUGUAUAGGUCCACGAUUUGGUAUAGUCCCCAUAUAACGGUACCUCCCAAUAUUCGGUAUUUUGAGUAUUUUUGCCACAUUUUUUUACGGAUUUGUCUAAAAAUUGAUAUUUAUAGGUCAUAAUGGGUCCUAGUUCGUGUGGCAAAACAUUGUAUGUAUAGGUCCACGUUUUUGUAUAGCCCCAUAUAAUGGAACCUCCCGAUAUUUGGUAUUUUGAUGGUUGUUGACACAUUUUCCCAUGAAUAUGUCUAAAAAUUGGUAUUUGAGGGUCAUAAUGGGUUCAAAUGUUUCCUUUACUCUAAGGUGGAGGGUAUUAAAAGUUCGGCCCAGCCGAAAUUAUUGUUUUCUUACUUGUUUUAAGUAAAAGCUAUUAGUUAUCCUUUUUCUUCUACUUAAAAAAACAACAACAGCAUGUGGUAAUUAAAAAAAAAAUAAAAUAAAUAUGUUUCUUAUUUUAUUUUAUCUGGUAAUUUUAUAAGCCUUUAAAUAUUGUACCGAAAUAAAGUCAUCUUGACUGUAAACCCACAUUUUCAUGAUCAGUUUCUGCUAUUUGUUUUCAAAUCAAAUACUUAGACAGACAGACAGAAAGUUUUAAAGCCCAUUGCCUCUCAAUAUAUUCUUAAAAAUUUAAACUUUUUUGGUCUGGUUCAAAACCAAAAAAUUGGAACAAACAAAACAAUUUUAUUAAAAACAAAAUUAAAAAAAAGAAUAUUUACUGAAAUUAAAUAAUAUUUAUAACAAAUAUUUGAAAUGAUAAAUAAAUCUUAAAGAUAUUGGACGAAAAUAUAAAACAAA